AUGGAAUCGUUUGUAAUAGUUCAGGAAUCUAUAAGAACAUUUUUCAGCUACAACAGCUUUGAGUUGGAAAACCUAUUAAAGCAAGCAAACCCAGAAAUUUUUGAAGUAGAAACAGGAUGUAAGAAGCCUAAUAUCGAAGGCUUCUUUACUGAUUUGCCCAUCCAAAACUCUUCUGAAAUUUGGAGAUAUUUCGACAUGCUUAGCUCUAUUUGUCUCCAUGAGUGAAUAAACAUUCGCCUGGAUUUUGCAGACAUUUUCUCACUGCUCGAUAUAGAUGAGUAUUGCUGGAUUCCUUUGUACUUACUGAUUUGGUAUCGAGAUCCAAACAAAGUGACCGAACAAGUCAAACAGAAAAUACAAAGAGUAGCCAAUGAAAAUGUGCUUUUUAAAUGAUGCUUUACUGAAGAAAAUGAAGAUUAUGUGCAAAUAGAUACUCAAGGAGAGCGAAGAACAUACUUCUUACUGUUUAUGUACUUUAUGCAAUUUCAUAAAGAAGGAAUGAAAUCCUGAAGGGUUUCGUAUGAAAAAGUGCUUUCAAUUUUGACACAAUUUAUUAAGAGCAUUGAAUCAGGCUCAGAUUUGCAAAGUUUGGAUGUAACUUUCUUUUACUCAUUUAUUAAUGAAUUGAAAGACUGUUAUAAGGAUUUUCUUCUUCCAAGUUGUGCUGAAUGGAUUUUGAUAAACCAAAGAACAAGAGAGCAUUUGGAAUUGUCUUUAUUGGUUUUAUUUAAGAAAGAAGUAAGUGAAAUUGAAGCAAUUAAGUACGAUUUAGAAGGCAAGAUCAUUUACUUCAAACUCAGCAUUUCAGAUAAUAUACUAUUACGCUUUCUACGCAAAAAUAAAAAAGAUCCAGAUUUAUUUAUAAAAGGAAUUUUAAGCAAAUAUUAUUUAGACAAGGAAAGUAUGAAGGUAAGUAUGGCUCGGAUGUUAAAUUUUUUAAGUUACUAUAUUGAAUCUGAUGACUCUAAUCACGGAUUUUUUAUUUUACAAGAAAUAAAUCCAAAGAUACUAAUCGAAGCUGAAGGUAUUCUUUUUGAAGGGCCACUUCAAACAAUUGUUAAUUACCAGCUCACGAUAACACAUAAAAAUGAAAAGUUUUUGAGCCAAUAUUUUAAAAGUAUUACUCCAAGUGACUACAGUCUUUCUAAAUGGAAUAUCCAUUUAUUUUUGCUCUAUGUUUACAUGAAUACAAAAAAUAAGCAAAAAAGAGAAUUAUUGGCUAUAAAGUAUAUGAAGCAAUUCAUAAAGAUUUUUCAUGUGAAUAUAAAUACCUGAGAAAUAGCAGGUGAAAUGGCAAAAUUAGUCCGGUUAUGCUAUGAUGCUAUUCCAAAUUUGAAAACUGAAUUAAAUGAAAUAAUUCAUGAGAUAUCACAAAAUCUUGAAGAGCUACCUGAAGAUGUCUUCUAUUUUGUAUCCAAAAUUUCAAAGAUGCGUCCUGAAAGUAAUGAAUUUAUUGAAGGAUCCUCCUUAGUCAAAGAUCUUUUUACGAUUUACAAUAGGUUUUUGGACAAUCCAAAUUUAGAUUCAUUGUCUUUUUUGGAGUUAGAAUCAAGUGAAUUUAUUGAAAAAAUCCUUGGAAACUUCAACUAUCAUACAAUUAAUUUCCAGGAAUGUGCGGAUACAACAAUAAUGAUUAAAACUCUUAUCAGCAUCUUUAAAGAAGAAGGACUAUUGAAGGUUAAAUAUAAAUUGCUUAAUUCAGAUAUCAAUUUCUAUGUUAAUAUCCAAAAGAAAAUUAUUGAAGAGUUCAUGAAUUCAUUUGCUUACAUAUCUCUGCUAAAAUCAUCAACUGACACAUUAAUUAAGCAAUAUCUGGUAUCACAUUUCAGACGUUUAUUUGAUUGCAGUUUAGAUGGAACAGCAAAUGAAAACUAUGUAAAUGAGGCAAAUCAAAUAGCAAUUAAAAUGAAAAUGACUCCUCCAGUGCUCAUACCUGAACCUUCAUUGUCUAAACUUAUGAAUAUAGCUAGCUCUCCUGUAGUAAAAGAAGCGUUCAAAACUCUUGGCCUUGAUCAAAACCUACGCAAUUAUUUAAGGCAAGACUAUAAAAACAGAAUUUAUUUCGCUAGCGUCCCUGAAAGUAUUUCUGGAAUAACUAUUUUUGGCGGAACAAUAUUGAUUCAUCCUAAGUGAAGUGAAAAUACCCCUAUAUCUCAGUGUGGACUAAAAGUUGUAUUUUUACACGAAUUGGCUCAUGCUGUUCGUAAAGAAAACACUCCUGGCUGCUAUGAUAUAGGCGUAAGAACUCCUGAGUCUAAAGGCCCUAUUUGGAUAGGAGCUCCAGGGGCUCUUAUUGAGUUAUAUAAAGAAGAUAGUGAAAUGUUAAGCGAAGGUGGAGUUUGGCUAGAAACAGUUCUAUUUGGUGCAUUUUUAAAAAAGUUGUCUGCCGAGCAAAUUAAAUUUUUAAACUGUGAUGCAAAUUGAAAUCAAAAACUCAGUAAUUUCAAGGAAGAGCUAAACAGUAAAUAUCACCAAUAUGAUGGAGGAUUAAAUUUGGCGAGAGGAUUAAAUUGCAGUAUCAAUUUAGAAAGAAUUGGUCAUGAUCGAAUGUAA